AUGGACUAUCUCAGCCGUCUUUUGAUCAACUUAGCAGAAAAAGGAAAAAUCAAUGGAGUAAACUUCGGUCCUAACCUUAAUCUUACCCACAUCCUUUUUGCGGAUGACAUCCUCAUCUUUGUAGAGGAUAAGGAGGACUACGUAUCAAAUCUCAAAAUGAUCCUGCAUCUUUUUGAAUCUGCUUCGGACCUUAACAUCAAUCUGUCCAAGUCUACUAUCUUCCCCAUAAACGUCCCGACAGAUCGUGCAAACUCUAUAGUGGACAGUUGGGGAAUAAGCAAAGGCCAACUCCCGACAACUUACCUCGGCAUGCCUUUAGGCGGGAAACCAUCCUCUUCUAAUUUCUGGGACAAUAUACUUCAGAAAAUUCAGAAAAAAUUGAGAAGUUGGAAAUACUCUCAGCUAUCCAAAGGCGGCAGAAUCCUCUGA